CUUUAGCAUUUUGGCCGAUUAUUUAUUUUUGCACUCAAUUCAUCUGCUGGAUAAUUUGUUCUCUUGUGUUUUUGUGUAAUAUUGGACUUUGUAUGCUCUUGUUCUAUGAGGAGAAUAAAAAACCUCCUCAGUAUAAUAUUGUGAAUUCUACCGAUGAAAAGACAGUACAAUACUACACCCUAGAAGAAGCUAUAACAAAUAGAAGAGUUCUCUACACAUCAGGAGUCAUCUUAGUAUUUUUAAUGAUUAUAUUCUUUUUUGCACUAAUUUUCCUAAGGAAGUAUUUUUCCGAAAUAACACUGCUUCUGAAUGAAACAACAAACUAUUGGAAAAAAUUAAAGAAACUAAUGAUAAUUCCUUUGGUUGCAUUACUUGUGAUUGCUGUCGUUCUUUCAUUAUGGAGUUAUGUGAUGCUUUGUUUGACGACUGCAAGUUAUGCAAAAAUAAUUCCAACAACAGAAAUUGAGAAAAACUCAGAAAAUAAUAAUGUUUUAAGAUCUUUUAAUAGAAUGGAAUACGUUGAAGACAACAAUAUUCGGAGUCUUAUCUGGAUUUAUAUAAUUGGAUUCCUAUGGGUUACUGAAUUUAUGGUUGCCUUCGAACAGUUUAUUGUUGGCGUUUUAGUUGUUCAUUUCUAUUUUCAAUUGCCCGAAAAACAUAAUUUUUUGCAACUUCAACUUCAUCUGGGAACUAUAGCAAAGGGUUCAUUUAUUUUUACAUUUUGGAAAAUACCUAAAUUAGUUAUAUUGAAUGGAGGGAAAUUAGUAAAACAAAUCAAUUCCAAACCAUACAUCACACAAAAGUUGGACUGGCUUGAAUCGAAAGUAGGAUUUCUGCACCCUGCUGCAUAUACUAUGGUAGCGAUAGAACAUAUCGACCUGUGUCCAGCUGGAAGAAAUACAUGGAAAAUUAUUAGAAAAGGACCGGAUCUACUUAGAAGCAUCCGCGAUAUGGCUUUUUUAAUGUUAUUUUUCCUAAAACUGAUAGUCGCUCUAAUCACAUGCUUCGUUGGAGUUUUUUUAGUUAACGACUUGAAAGAUGUGCAUUUAUUUACAGCUCCACUGAUAUUAAGUGCAAUUUUUGGUUACUGCAUAGCAAAUAUAGUUUUCUCGUUUUUUGAAAUGACUCUGGAUACGAUUUGUCUCUGCGUUUGUGAGGAUAGCCGUAUUAAUAGUCACAUAGGCCGUUGGACAAAAAGUAAUCUGGAACUGUUUUUGGGCCAAAAUCGAAAACUUGUUCAGCAAGCUUCUGUUACAAUUGUUAAAACUUAAGUCGUGGUCAUACAAUUAAGCCACAAAACGAAUGUACCCUUUUCAAUAAAGAUUUCCUGUAUCACUUUGUGUCCGUUUUUUUUUAACGGUUAACAACUAAA